AUGCCGAAAUCAUCCUUGGCAAGCACAGGCAAGAAGCGGCUGUCCCUCUCGGACGUUGUUGAUGAUGUUCGUGAAAUGAAGGUUGUGUUUGCCCAGCGUCCCGGCUUGUCAGGUGCCCAGCGUCAUGCGCCAUCUUCACCUACUCCGCCGCCACCGCCGCCACCACCACCACCUCCGGCUGCCGGACCCGUAGCACCACACUCCUCUUCGUCUCGCGUCAGUGCGUCUACCACUUCGCAAGGUGAUGUAUGUAAGACUGCUACAACUGCUGCAGCUGCUGCUAUGGCGUCGCAGGAUGUGGAGGAUGACAUUUUUUUCACCAUUGCGCCACCAACGAGGGAUGUGGAGAGUGGAGAGACUACGUGGGAAAAGAGUGCUAGUCUCUCGCUGGAUGAGGAGAUUGAAAAGGCACGGGCGUCGCGCCCGUUGGUGCGCUCUCCCGAUGCCUUGAACGACGAGAACGCAAGGCUUAAAUUGAACGUGAAAGGGGAUUAUGAUGAAGGCGCCUCUGAGGGUCCCGUCGACAAGGAGAGCCUGAAAUCUCUUCCACAAGAGGAAGCUGCAACCAUUGACCUCCAUGAGAUCCCUGAUGUCAUUAGCGAGCGUGCGCAUGUUCCAGAGCGUUCGGAGGCAACACAAAUGCCUGACCAACGGCGAGACUCGCAGCAGUUGGGUUCCCAGGAAAGGGACGUAGAGGUGAAGGAAAGACCACCAUUGAAGGACAGCCGCACGGAGGAAGUAGUUGUUGAACAGCCUCCGUCGACUCCAUGGACAAACACAAUAGCGAGUGAUGGUGAAAGGGGGACAUGUCUGAAGGUGUCCUUUGACGACGAAUCGUCGCUGGGCGCGACGAUCCUCCUGCAAGAGUCACCCGCGCACGUCAUGGCGGCCGUAAACGCUUUACACGAAGCCAUCACAGAAAUCGAGGAUCGUCACGGCUCUACUGCGUCUGUCACAUAUGUAAUGAUCACUGCUCUUCCCACGCUGAGCUUUUUCGAACCGAAGAAGGGACCAUUGGAGCUUUCGUGUGCUGAGCGAGUGGAUUUACUGCGGGCGAAGGAGCGUCUCUUCCAGCGUCUGGUGGAAUCCGCGCAGCGUCUGCGCUUUGUGGCGGUGGUACACUGUGGCAUCGUUUGUGACUUUGGUGCCGAGCUGUUCCUUGCAUGCCACCACCGCGUGCUUCUGGAUCCGGCGCGCACCACGUUUGGUUUUAAAUCUAUACGCGUUGGUGACUUCCCCGCGGCUUGUGUGGUACGGCGACUCCGUUAUUGCCUCGGCUCACAGCGUACCAUUGAGUUGGCGCCGCGGAUGCACGAGUACAGUGCGGAAAGUCUGGUGGACGCUGGGCUUGCAGAGUGUGCCCGCAGCGUGCAGGAAGUGGUGGCGAUGUUGCCUGGCUUGGGAGAACGUAGUGUGGAUACACCGGCAUCGUCGUUUCUCCUGUGGCUCGAGCGCACACUCCUUCUACUGCUUCCACGGCCCACGCAGCGGGAACUGGUUCUACGCAAGCUGUUUUUCACCUACAGCUUCGACAAGUCGAUGGUGGUGUCGGGACAAAAUCCGCUGCUGCACGCGUGGGUGCGGUACAGCAUGGCUGCCAUUACGCAGGGAAAUGGCACCUCUGAGACAAUCGACGACAAGGCGUCUCGGCGACAAAAGUCUGAUUGCUGUGCGAGCAUAUUUAGCGAUAUGGCGUAUUCCUCCCCAUCCACCAACGCGGCAAGUGUACACGCAAUGACGUGCGCUAUGCAACGCCGUGUGCUUCCAGCACUGCCGGGUCCAAAUUUCGUUACCUUCCGCGGCGAAGAGAUAAAUCUUUGGCCGCAAAAGAUAAAGGCGCUUUCCUCUACAGAGGGUGAUAGGGCAACCGUGCUGUUGGACUGCUCGCAGCGGUGCAUAGGAGCAACGGUGCAGUUGGUCAAUGACCACCGUGAAGCGCUGAAGGACACACGUGUGGUGCUUAUUGGCGAGGAGCACGUCGCCCGACAGCUUGUUGUCACACUGCCGUGCAGUGCGGUGGUGUCGUGCGCCUCGCCGUACCGUGCCUCCGCCCUCGAAGGGCUGCAGGAAGUCCGUCUCUUUGCACGGGAUAGCUGGCCGGCAAACUUGCGCCAUAACACGCUCGUUGCAGCGCUUACCUACUUGCAGGCGCAACGUCGCCCGUAUGUGGUGUGUCGCGGCUCCUGUGGCAAGCGGCUGCUCGCUGCCGUUGCGACGGAAGCAUGCCGAAUGGCGCUUCAAUGCGACGUCACGUGUGUUGAGCGCGCUGCUACCGACAUGCUAGGCCUCCUUGUUGGUCCCUUCCGCCUGAUCGACCACUUCGGCGCAGCGGCAGUGCUGCAGAUGAUGGACGACACGGCGGGCGUGGGAGACGGUGGCAACCCGCUGCAGGUCGACUGCCUACCCGCCGUGGGCCGCCACGCGCUGCAGUGUAUGAGCGCCGACGGCCUUCUGGGGGUCCACGCGCGUCGCGGCGGCUUCUACACCUACCGUGACGAUGGCACCGCUGUGGGUUUCAAUGCGGAGGUGCAGCGCCGCUACCUGCGGCGCCGCCUCACCGAUGCGGAGGUGGCGGACCGGCUGUUGGCAGUGAUUAUCAACGAGUGCUGCGCGCUGCUUCUUUCCGGCUGUGUGCAGUGCGCGGCGGACGCAAACGCGCUGAGUGUUGCCACAAUCGGCUUCCGCGAGACGACAGGUGGGGCGCUGGCGCUGGCGGAUGCCCGUGGCAUUGCCAUGCUGGUUCAAAAGAUGGAGGAUCUGUCAGAGUGGCACGGGCCACAUCUGCGUCCGUCGCUGCUGUUAAAAUGCAUGGCACACUCCAGUGUGUCGUUCGCCUCUCUUUCGGAGGCGACAAUUCAGUCGGCCCGCAUGUGA